AUGAACCCCCUCGCGCCCUUCGCAUCCAUCCUCCGCCCCUCCCUCCACGCUUCGACCUCCCGCCUACUCCUCCCUCCCCUCCCCCUCUUCUCCUCGCAAUCGUUCUCAACCUCCCCUCCCGCCCUCGCAUCCCGCGAUCGCCGCAUGCGCGCCAAAGUCAAGCGAGACCGGCACGUCAAAGCACAGUCUGAACGCGCCGGUGCCGUAUCGAGCGAAAAUGUCGACCAUAUCCUCGGUUACGAGCCCGUCCCCGGGGAAAAGACACCAUGGGACGGAUGCAGAUUACAGCGCGUCCUCCUUCGUCCCGAGGCGAUCUAUUCGGCACCGCCGGUAGAGUACGCAGCUGGCGAGGCGCCGCAGCAGUACCUACCCGGCCUGGCGAUCGAGGAUCAACAGAUGUUAUUUGGGGCACUGCCUUAUACAUCUACAUCGCUCAAGGCACGGCGGGUCCUGCAGAACAACGCCUCGCUGAGGCAGGAAGAAGACGAUCCGCAUGCGGCAUUGACGGCUGCGGAGGAGGACAAGGUGGAGCAGAUGCAGCGAAUGCUGGAUUUGCGAAACGCGAGUAAGAGGGGGAUUGAGGUGGUGAAUAGGCAAAGGGUGAUUGAGGAAUUUGGCGGGGUGAGAGAGGGCAAGGGAGUCAAUACGGGGAGCUCUGAGGUCCAGGCCGCGUUGCUGACCCAAAAAAUCCGCUCAGUCAUGGAACACAUCAUCUCGAAUCGCAAAGACAACUCCAACAAGCGCGCACUCCGCGUACUCGUACACCAACGCCAACAAAUACUCAAAUACUUUGCUCGGAAAGAGCCAGAAAAGUACGACACUCUGCUCGGCGAUCUGGGUCUCACCCGGCGGGGUGUAGAGGGAGAGAUCAACCUGGCAAAUAUACUAUGUACGUAUCUAUUCCCUGCGAAUAUCCUACCACACCCUUCCCCUUUCCUGAUGCUCCUACAAACCUGA